AACGUGGCAAAAUCACGAAGGUUGAAGAUCUGGAAAAAAACCCAGACCAUUAGACAAAUCCGACGGAAAUCGCGGAAUCAUCAUCACCCUCUUCAACUCUUCAAGAAAGAGAGAAAAACAAAAAAAUAUAACAGUUACGUUCUGUAAUUUAGUAUUGUACUGAUAUAUGGUGUUCAACGGCGGGACUGUGAUGUCGGUAGCCCAUCUAUCGGCGGAGAUUUGGCAGAGAUUACGGCGGAUCCCACCGUCCGAUCGUAUAAGCAGCCGCGAGAUGCUUGAGCUCGUCUGCUUCUUCCCGCUCCAGCAAAUGGGUCGGCUCGCUUUAUGGUUCUUGACUAUCCUCUGUCUUCCUCCGCCAGGUUUGCUCUAUCCUGAAGCUGACGAAGAAGACGAUCGUGAUGUUCACGCUUUUGCUUCUGGCUCAGCUUCAGCUUCCGUCGCUACAUAUCAGAACCACUUUCAUCUGCAUUUUGAGUGAUCAGUUUCAAACUGGAUUCUUUGUAAAGUUCUCAUUUUGUUUUUUUUUU